UGAUUAUGAGCAGUAAUGAAUUGUGCUCGAAACGUCAUCAGAUAAUAUUACUGUGUAAUACUGUGUGACUUAUCAAAAUAAAAUCUGUUCCUCAGAGUUGGGUUAGUACAAUGGUGAAUCCUUACUGCAAAGAAACAUCCGAUGAAAUAAUAAAGCGAAUUCUUAAGAAUUAUGACAUAACAGUGUAUUUUCGUGCAGCUAACACCUUACGCUCAUCACUGGUGAAGGUUAAGGAUAAAAUAGAAGAAGAAAACCAACAGAAUUGUGUGCACCAGAUCAAUUGUGGGGAUUGUGUAGGAGAAACUUCCAUACAGGUAAAUAUAGGAGUGAAAGAGCAUAAACAGUGUCUAAAGGUGGUUCCAAAAACCUCUGCAGACUUGAAGCUAGAAAACAGAUCGGCAACUGUAAUGCACUCGAAAGAAACCGGCCACAAGAUCGAAUUUGAUAGAACUAAGGUUCUACAGAAAGAUUUCGGAUAGCAUGAAGAAAGACUGAUUGCAGAAGACCUACACAUAUAUGGGUGAAUCUCAAAAGUUUGAACAGACGUGAAGCCGUGAUCUUGUUACCUGAUGUAUGGGAAAUCCUGAUUAAUAAAAAGUAAAAAAUGGAUAUGUA